AUGGAACUGGUCAAUAGACUCAUGGAAUUACGAAUCUUGGGACCUCCAACUGACCCAUCGAACAUCCCUGGUCUAUUCAACAAGGCAUUUGAUAUAUUCUCCGACUUGCAGAAGGUUGGAGCAUCCCUUUCUCCCCUCGUGGAGAGUCUCAUUCUCCAAUCCAUUGUUCCGCCGCCACCAUCAAUGUCUCGAUCUCAAUUAUUUCAAAAUAUUUCACUUCAACUUGGCACAAAAGCUGAUGUAUCCGCGAGGGAUAUUCAAGCAAUUCUCACAUCAGCUUAUGGCGAAACCGUUCGUUUUGAUCCGUCCACCACGGCGGUUCCAGCAGUGUUCCGAACUUGGCAUAAUCAACCACCCAGCGCCCAAUGGGGACCGCCUCGACAAUUGAACCAGCAAUCCAAACAAGACCGAACUCAACGACAGACUUCGCAGCAACGUCCAAUGGGUUCGACAAACAACGCAACCCGCAGCCAGAACGUCGGCACACCAGGCAACCCGACUAUUGAUGACAUCGCAGCGGCCAUCAACAACAUUCGGAAAGGAAACACCGGCCCGAGCAAUCCAAACCUUCUCUCUGGCAAACCCUGCCUGUACUGUGGGGUUUUGGGACACUGGAGAUCGACAUGUCCGACACUCCGUAGAGACGCCGGCCUGCAACCUCCCAAUAACCCUACAUUUGGUCGCCCCGCUUCCGGUUUUGCCCGCCAAGCCGCACCUCCGAACGACCCUCCCACUAGACUUGAAGAGAAUCCGGCGGUUCGAUCUGCAGUGGGAGCGGAUGCGACAGGUGCCGCUGGUGUUGGCACAGUUUUGGAUUCUGGGGCGACCCACCAUGUGAGCGGCUCUUUCCACCAGUUUUCUUAUCUUUCUCCUUUAUGUCCACCAGUCAGGCUGAAUUUGGCGUCCGCUUCGGGGUACAUGUUGGCGACUCAUAGUGGACACCUCAAGAUAACCAGUGGGGCUGGUAUUCUGGCGGUGCCACAGGUGCUAUACAGCCCGGAAAUGAAGGGCACGCUCCUUAGUCUCGGCCAAUUCAUCGACUUGGGAUUUAAACCGGAAUUCUUAUCGAACAACGACAUAAGGCUUCAAUCUUCUUUUCUUUCAUUCACCGCUCAAUAUCAAAACCGGUCCUGGAUUAUUUCCCAUCAGUCUAUUCAUCCUAUAUUUCCUUCUAUUCAAUCCAUAACUCUUAACGUCUCAAUCAAUUCACCCUCUUACGACUGGAACUGCCGACUGGUACAUGUAUCCGACGGCAUGGUGAAAGACUUUCUACAGCGAUUUGUUCCGACUUUUGAUUUGAAAUCAUGGACCCCGUUUAUUUGCGAAACGUGCAAAACAUGCAAAAGUGAACGGCGACAACACCAUCUUCCCGACGUGGUCAAAUUUGAUGAGCGACUUGAUUUACUUGUAACAGACGUUCUAGGACCCCUCGACCCGGACAUCAACGGACACCGUUUCCUGUUAACAGUCAGGGAUCAUGCGACAACGUAUUCAUUCGCAUUCCCAUUGAAGACUUGCUCCGAGGUUCCGUCCAUUAUCAUUGCCUUGAUCAAGCGAAUCUUUUUGGUUUUUAAACUAGCUCCUAAAUUUAUCCGCUGCGACAACGGCGGUGAAUACACAUCUAAAACUUUUGAAUCUUAUCUUUCUUCAGUCGGUACCUCUAUAUUGUUCACAUCUCCUUACACUCCGGAACAGAACGGCGAGGCAGAAUGGUUGAAUUGGACUCUUGGCGAUAUCGCCCGGACGACACUCCGGCAUUCUUCCCUACCAGAUUCCCUUUGGUCUUACGCAUAUCGAUGUGCAUGCUACUUAAUUAAUCGGAUUUCUAAUUCUCGAUGCAAAUCAAGCCCACUUGAAUUAUGGUUGAACCGGGAACCUUUGGAAACAUCAUUCUAUCCUUUCGGCACCAAGGCUUGUAUUCACAUACCCAAGGAACGGCGGCGCAAGCUUGAUACUUGUGGAUGGAUAGGAUAUCUGGUCGGCUAUCAAGACGACAAACGAGGAUGGUUCUUCUGGAACCCGAUGACUCGAAAAGUCGUUAACUCAGAGUGUGCUGAGUUCUUAGACUUUCAAGGGAAACAACUAAUCCCUGCUCCGAACCUAUCUUCUAACACUUUGUCUGUCCGUAGAACACUUCACCUCGGCCACGAGACAACCAAGGAGGUUUGUGAGUCUCAAGACGCUCAGAUUGACGAAAUUCAAGCAAUUUCCGACGCCGAUAUUCCCUGCAGCCUGAAGAGCGCGCUGGCGAGUCCCGAGAAGGAAAGCUGGCGCGCAGCAUGCAUGACUGAAUGGGAUCAACUCGUCCAGAUUGACACUUUCGACAUUGAAGAGAAGGAAAAGAAGCAUUCGAUAGGCACGCGGUUUGUGUUCGACAUCAAACGGCAAUUGGACGGCUCUGUGGAGAAACUCAAAGCUAGAUUCAUAGUCUGA